AAUCCCAAAUAUUAUCUUGAUACUGAAGAAAAUCGCAAUUCUAGGCAUUUUGUUAGAAAGGACAUGUUGGGACCACAUGACAUAAAAUCCAUAGAAUCCCAUAGUCGGCUAACUAGUGACUGGUGGUAUAAACAUAAAGCAUGGGUAGACAAGUUCGCAAUAUUCCAGUUCUAUAAAUUUCGUCAAAAUAAAAAUAUUGUCUAA